AUGUUAUCCUUAUUAAACCCAGCGACGGAGAAGAAAGGAUUUCAGCGCGCAAUGGAAGCUCCGCCACGGAUUCGAGAAUCUGAAGAUAUCUUCGGCAAUGAGAACCUUUCCGGUGAAGUUGCAUCGGAGAGUUCCAGUUCCAAUGGCAAGAGGAAAUUUGAAAGCGCGUACGGCCUCUUCUGUGUCUUGAGAAAGAGACGUUCUAGGCACAAGUCUGUGGAUGAUGAUGAUAUGCUUCCGGAUUUAGAUUAUGCAGACAGCGAUGAUUGCCUAAGCCCCGAAAGUGACUUGAGGUUUGAAGUUCCUAAUUAUCUAGAGGAUGAGGAUGUGAUUUUAGUAGACACAGGGGAAUUUGAUGUUAUAUCAGAGAAUGAAGUUGGGGAAUUGAAAUCUCUGUCUAUAUGCAACUUUCCUUGGCCCUGUGAAGAUCUGGUUAGUAAUCUAUGCUCUGAGACUCAGAAUUCCAUCUUGUUGUUAGCUCCCGAUGAAGUUAACGAGGUGAAUGCUGUAAGGUCUAACGAAGAUGAGGUGUUAGCAACUCAGAAAUCCCAGUUUCUCAUUCGCUCUGAGCAUAGCAAUCGCAUAUCUAGCUUCCAUUCAGAAUGGAGCAAAAUCCAAUGCAGUUCUGAUAUCUUCAAGAAUGAUGACGACGCAAUGGAUGAAGCAGGAUAUGGACAUGUAGCCAACAUGCCUCUGUCUAUGCAGGAAUUAAGCAGCAAUGAUGAGCCAACACCGAUCAGCAUUGUUCCUCCUGACGGUGUGUCAAGCUCAAGCAUACAAACUUGUUCUCUUCCUAAGAUUGUCAGCUGUGGAAAUGAAUACAACGUUUGUGAUGACAAGGUUGGCCUUCCAAUACCUUUAACAAAAACCCUUGAAGGAACUAGUAGGCCGUGGUCAGUGUGUAGCUCUCUUGCUGCAGUCAAAACCGUGUCUCUAAUGGAAGAUUGCUCAGGUGCUUGUAAUCCCUUGGAUGAACAAUUAUGUGUGACUGUUAGUAGCUCUGAGGACAAGGAUGCAGAAUCUGCUCAAACCCCAUCAGUUCUAUAUCAGGAUGUCGUUGAUGGUGGCGAAGAUGAGAUUUGCUUUUCUGACAUUGACGCAAUGAUUCGCAAAUUGAAUCUACUCCCAGAUGAUUCAGAAUCAUGUUUAAACAGGGAAGAAAGGAACAUGUCUCGGAACCCAGGACAUAGAUUGCUUGGAUUGAAACACUGCACUACAACUUCCAUUCGAAGAGCAAUUAAGUCUCGAGGGGCAAUUGCCGUUCUCCGUUCUCGUGAUUCAAAGCAUUUGAUUAGAAAACACGAGGUAAUAAUUGGGAGAUCGUCUGAUGUGGACAUUGACUUGGGUCAAAAUGGUUAUGGGAACAAGAUAUCUCGGCGUCAGGCGUUGGUGAAGCUACAGAACAACGGAUCAUUCUUUUUAAAGAACCUUGGAAAGCGACCUAUCCUUGUCAAUGGGGACAAACUCGAUACACAACAGACUGUAACCCUGACAUCAUGUAGCUCAAUCGAUAUUGGAGGAAUAGUCUUUGCGUUCAAGAGUAACAAAGAAGCAGUGACACAAUUCUUGAAGAAGAGCAAACGGAGAAACAGCGAGGAGCACGACACCAAAUUCGGAUGGUGCGAAUAG